AGUACAUGAAGGCAACAUUCAGCUCAACCAUCACUUUGGCUCGUCGGGACGGAGAAGCACCGAGCGGCACCGAGCGGCGUCUGGACAUCAACCGGACAGGAGGAACACCCGCAGCUGGAUUAUCAAGAUGAUGGAUAAAAGGAAAUGCAGAGUUGCUCUGUCCGUGUGGCUCCUCUUUCUGCUGUGUUUGCCUCACGGCGGCGGGGCCGGCGGGCCGGACUGCAGCCCGGCGGAGGCGGGGAGCGGCGGGGGGGAGCUGCGGUCGGCCGUGGUCGACUCCCAGAGAGCAGAAUGGAGCCAGCGCCAACACCUGGAGGCGCUCUUCAACAGAUACGGGGAGAAUGGCACCAUCUCUCUGGCAGGUUUAAAACGUCUGUUGCAAAAUGUCAAAGUUCAACGCCAUGAGCACCCUGGCGACCACCAUCACCACCACCAUCACCACCACCACCACCACGACCACCAUCUCCACGACAGUAACAACACACACCACCAAAAACACGCCCACGCCGAACCUUCAGAGCCCAAAAAGUUCCCUAAGACCCCUAAGGGCCCCAAAGAGCAGGACGCCGUCCCAGGGAAGAAGCAACAGGACCCAGACAGCCAUCAAAAGCUUUACAAGAAGAAGACCACCAUGCCGGUGCAGGAGUCUGGCACUACCCCAACAUACACCACCCGCCUGAUGGUGAAGAGUCAGGGCAGCAGCCCGGACGCCAGCGCCACCGGCCGUGAAGUCACAGGGGCGUCCACAACCAGGCUGGUUGGCAAAGAGCAGGACACUGAGGGCCAAACCCAGCCACCUGUGACCAAUCAGGACCAUGACCACGCCCACGACCAUGACCACGACCAUGACCAUGACCACGCCCACGACCAUGACCACGAUCAUGACCAUGACCACGCCCACGACCAUGACCACGAUCAUGACCAUGACCACGCCCACGACCAUGACCAUGAUCAUGACCAUGACCACGACCAUGACCACGCCCAUGACCAUGACCACGCCCAUGACCACGACCAUGACCAUGACCACGCUCACGACCAUGACCACGCCCAUGACCUUGAUCAUGUUCACGAUCAUGACUAUCCCAACGACGACGCCCACGACCAUGACCAUGACCAUGACCAUGACCACGCCCAUGACCAUGACUAUGACCACGCCCACGACCAUGACCACGGCCACGACCUUGAUCAUGUUCACGACCAUGACCACACCGAUCAAGAUGUUCCUCACAACGGGAGCCAUGAUCACAUCGCUGAAAACUCAGAGUGUCUGAACGCCUCCACCAUCCUGUCGUCUCAUGGGAUGUCCCCGGACGGCGGGCUGACCCUGCGAGACUUCAGCUUCCUCUGCCCGGCCCUCCUCAACCAGAUCGAUACCAGAGCCUGCGUCCUGCAAGGAGACGCCCCGCAACAUGGAGGGAGAGACCACAAACAUCAUAAGCAUGGCCAUGAUCACCAUGGUGACCACGACCACGACCACUCGGACCACGACCACGUCAGCGGGGAAAGCAGCAAAAACAUCGUAAUAGCGUGGGUCGGGGGGUUCGUCUCCAUCACAGUGAUCAGCCUGCUGUCCCUGCUGGGCGUCGUGCUCAUCCCCCUGAUGAACAAGGUUUUCUUCAAGUUCCUGCUCAGUUUCCUGGUGGCGCUGGCUGUCGGCACGCUGAGCGGCGACGCCUUCCUGCACCUCAUCCCACACUCUCAGGGAGGCCACCACCACCACCACGAGGAUUCUGGGAUAGAGGUGGCCGGGCACCACAUCCACGACGAGCAGGGGGAGAACCUGGACUCGGUGUGGAAAGGCCUGACCGCUCUGGGCGGCGUUUACUUCAUGUUUCUGAUCGAGCACUUCCUAACGCUGGGCAAGAUGUACAAGGACAAGAAACAAAAGAUCCAGAAGAAGUGGGAUCAGAACGACAAAGGAGAUCCGGAGAAGCAGCCGGCGCUGGACGAGAACGGCAAGCCAGCUGAAGACGUGGAGACCAACGGCGCCGGAGCGUUCAGCGACCACUCGGGGGGCGUGGCCGAGGAGGAGCAGGUGAUGCUGGCUCCCCAGGUGGCCGUGGUCACGCCGCAGGGUUACGCCCGGGCGUCCGGCGCCGCCUACACCGCCGAGGACUGCGAGAACAAAUGCCACUCCCACUUCCACGACACGGUGGGCCAGGCCGACAACAUGCACCACCACCACCACGACUACCACCACAUCCUGCACCACCACCACUCCCAGAACCACCACCCGCACAGCCACUCGCACUCCUACUCCGAGCAGCACUUCCAGCAGGCCGGCAUCGCCACGCUGGCCUGGAUGGUCAUCAUGGGAGACGGACUGCACAACUUCAGCGACGGCCUGGCCAUCGGUGCUGCCUUCACGGAGGGCCUGUCCAGCGGCCUCAGCACCUCCGUGGCUGUGUUCUGUCACGAGCUGCCUCACGAGUUAGGUGACUUUGCGGUGUUGCUGAAGGCGGGCAUGACGGUGCGCCAGGCCAUCCUCUAUAACGUGCUGUCGGCCAUGACGGCCUACCUGGGCAUGGUGACCGGCAUCGUCAUCGGGCACUACGCAGACAACAUCUCCACAUGGAUCUUCGCCCUCACGGCGGGCCUCUUCAUGUACGUGGCGCUGGUGGACAUGGUGCCGGAGAUGCUGCACAACGACGCCGGGGACCACGGCUUCAGCCACUGGGGCUUCUUCCUGCUGCAGAACGCCGGCAUCCUGCUGGGCUUCUGCAUCAUGCUGCUCAUAGCCAUCUUCGAACACAGAAUCCAGCUGGACCUGGGAUACUGAACCGAGGGCUUUGAAUCACACCCCCCACAUGCAUUCCAGUGUGUGCAGGUCUCGGUCAGAUGUGUGUGUUUUAUUCGUUGUCCUUGAGAGACGAGGUCAGGCCCGCUCCCACGUUUUUGUUUUUGUUUUUUUGUAUUAUUCUCCACUAGAUUACACUGUGUUCAUGUUGUAUUGGAUGAGGCUAAAAAAUGUUGUUGCUACAGCCCUGAAAUAUUAUCUAUUUAAGUUGAAAACCGACAUCCAAGGUGGAAGUUACAUUGUUAGAUUAUCUUGGACUGCCGGCACUGGUGCCAUGUUUUGCCAGCUGUGUUGACACACAUCCUCAGUUCAUGACACAAAGUGGGAGAUAUCGCAGCCUGGCUGCUGUGCUCUUAUUUUUUUAUUUUUUUUUUAAUUUUGUUUUGGCAGCUCAUAAUUCCGGCAAAUCCUGAAGUGACAUGAACGUUUUUGUGAACCAUUCUGUACGCAUACUGGAGAGGGACAGUGUGUUUUUGCUCAGUUUCAUCUUUUUUAUUGGUCAAAUCUUUAUUGUUGUUGUACAUUUUGGUUCUGCAUGAUGGAGGCAUCCAGACACACAGGGUUUCCUGCUGGUUUCUGCUGCUGAACCAAGCCUCGUCAGUAUUCCAGCGGAAAACCAAAGUGCCACAGCCACAGCAGCCCUGCCGUCAGUACAGCACAGUAUUGAUGCUACACCAUCGCCACAGUGAGAGCAGCAGAGGCUCCGAGCAGGACCUGAAACACCUCCCAGCCACAUCAGCAGCAAAUUCAAAUGUCAAGAGUUUGUCUGAAAACACCUCAGAAAGUGCUGCUUCUCUCCAGUUUAAAAAGGUGGAGCUGCGAUGAUGAGAUAGAAAACAGGUGGCACUUAACCAAAAAAACAAAAAAAAACAAAACUGUUAUGUAUUCCUAAAGUAAAAUAGUUUGGAGGCGGUUUGAUGACAAAAGACAUGUAAUCUUGUAAAUUUAGUAAUUUCAACAUUCAUUCCGUCCAUUUGUGUGAAAAUCAGUGUUAAUAUCUACUAAUAGUCUAACCUUAGUUUUUGUUGAAAAGACAGUGUAAUCAUAAUCCCAUUUAAUAAAUAACUGAAUAUUAGUGUCUCUAGGUAAAAAAAAAAAAAAAGAAGAAGACCAUUGUUACACUUUGAAUGUGUUGUAAGUGAGUUGACCCUUCACCAUGCUGCUGGAGCUCAACGGAUGUGAUGGAUUAUCUGACAAAGAGCUGCUACUGUAUGUGUUGUUGGUCAGUGGGAUUAUGCUAAAUGCCUGGAUUAACAGCCUCCCACGCAGCUGUGUGUGCCGGCUGUAAAGACUUGGUAAUCCAACGGACCAAGCACUCCCCAUCUGGUGUGUUAGGUUGUCAAUAUCCCAUCAAUUCCAAAAAAAAAAAAAAAAAAAAGAGAGACUUUGCCAUACAACUGUACAUUUUGUGUCAAAAAAGUGUAACUGCUUCGUAGUGAACGGCGUUUUCGGUGUCAAGCUUUGCCUGUUACAAAACGUCAGAGCAUGCAGGUCUGUUUAAAAUGUUUUGCCUGUCAAGAUGUCUCUUCCAUCGCCUGUCUAGUCUGUUUCAAAAUCAUGAAGCGUCGCCUUAUGUUUACAAGACGUGUCAAGUGUGGUCGAGUAUGUCCUGUAGUUGAUUUGUUGGAUGUGAAUGAAGAGGCAAACCUUUUUGUUAAGUUUUUGUUAAAGUUCCCAAAAUGCAGUGUUCUUGUGACGAGCGCACCGACCCACACCGAGUUAGGAAAUCCACUCAGAGCGCAGAAACGUCACGGUUCCCUCGGGCUGGAGGCUUUGGUCCGUGUUUUCACCGACUCAAGGAACCAGCUUGGCUCAGUAUUUUGUCUGGCAGAUUUUUCAUGAAGAGGAAAACCUCAGCUGUCCUGUCAAGUGUUACUGCAGAGUCUCACUGAGAUGAUGAUGAUGAUGAUGAUGAUGAUUCAAAAGACAAAACUGAACCCAGACGUGUAUUGGUGUGCUGCCAUCUGCUGGUGAGAACAGCCUCGCCGUUCUCAAGCUGGUCAUGUCUUGGAAGUGGAACCCCCCCCCCCCUGCUGGACCUUCAUGUCCACUUCACUGUGAUACAUCUUUGUUUUGGUUUGUUUUAAGGGAAAUUACAAUAAAUCCAAAUCUUAGCACUUACUCCCAAACCUCUGCUGGUGAAGUUGGAUCAUUUAGUGAAUUCUGGUGAUCUUCAGACAUUUCCACCACCGGACAAUUACUGACUUUUUGCCGUAACUAUAAUUCAUGUUCUGUGGGAAAUUCUCACAUCUGCAGCUUGCAAGUCAGCAUCUUAAAGGAAUACUCCAACGUAUUUGGACAAAAUCCCCUUUUCUUGAGACCAGAUGUUGGACACCAUUUCCACCUCUGUGCGUGCAGUGGUUCAGCUCCUGUGGGUCGCAUUUUUGGUUCUUUGCCCAAAACGUUGGAGUAUUCCUUUAACAGCGCUGCAUUCCCGUGCCGCUUUAUCAGAAAACCAAAGCUGAAGACAAACGCUGCUCGUUGGCAGAGGUUUGCAGUUUCACGCGCCGCACACUGACGUCUAGUUUCUUUUGUUCCAGCAUGUUUAAGCCCCGCCCCCUUCCAUUUCAAUGGUGUCUUGCAGAAUCUUUGUAAAGUCAUCUUCAAUAAAAAUGAUGACUUUUUAUUUUGAUCUUCUGUUGUUGGGCAGAAAAGGCCCCUGGGAGGUCAGAGGUCAGGCUCUGGAGCAGACACUCAGACACUCCAGCAGGAAUCGAACCCUCAGCUUUGUGGUUACAGGACGGCCUAAAACCUGAAGGUUGCUCUUGCCCGGCAGCUCUCUCUGCUGUCACUUUGUUGAAAGCCUUUUCCACAUUUUGGAGACAAAGUUGGGUAAAUCUGAAACCACAUUUGCUCAGAGGUUUAGUUCCCACACACACUCUGAGAUCAGUCUGAUCAUUUUCACGCUGUAAUAAACAGGAAAUAAUCUGAAAAAGAAAAUCAGGACGUGGAAACGCAGCUGGUUCCCAUGUCUGUCUGUUCUCAGCCACAUGGUGGUGCUGUCUGCUGUAAGCCAACAUCCUGUUGAACAGACCAAAAUAUUCAAGUCAAGAAAAAUCUGAUGUGGGAACCCCUGGAGGAAGGACUUUGUAGUUUCAUGUAGUUUUUCAUCCGAGGCAGACUCAUCUGUUGAUGAAGGGAACGACUUCUGUAUGCGGCCGCUGGCUCCUGUCGGCAGCUUCCAUGUUCACUGUGUUCUCUGACAUUCCACAACACAAUAAAACCUGGUUGCCUGUUCA